AUGAACGUCAGUGGCGCCAUCCAACAGAAGAAGGCUACUCCAUUCAGUCCUCGGCAAUCCACGACGACCAGCCUUUGCCCGGCUAAGCAAGGGAGGACCACCACCACAAAGUCCUGCAGCUGGUGUAAAGGACUUAAUGACUGCAUGGUUAUGGGGUCCAUAGUUCCACAACACGAACAGCCUCAAAACCUUGAGCAGCAGGUGGCAGAAUUAGAAAAAGAACUUCAAAAGCAGAAGGAACUGAGGGCCUUGUACAGGCUGAAAUUGGAAAGAACACAAGAUUAUCUUAGGUAUUGUCUUCAGAUGGCACAAGACAAUGGAUUCUUGGACCUCUUAAUUAACAUCAAAGAGAAUCAACAAGAAUGCCUUCUCUCCUCUAGUACCACCAGUCCUCCGAUGCCUCCUUUGAUGAAACACCGUUCAGAUCUUGCACCCCUCAUUGAUCAAGCCAAGAUGAAUGGAUGGCACAUCGAGCCACAUGAGAUUGAACUGCAUGAAAAAGUAGCUCAAGGCAGCACUGCAGAUGUAUAUAAAGGAACAUGGAGAGGACUUGAUGUUGCAGUGAAAUGCAUAUACCCUGAUUUCUUCAAUUCAAACGACAAUGGAGUCAACUUCUUUGCUCAAGAGGUUGAAACAUUAUCAAAACAGCGCCACUGUUUUGUGCUCCAGCUAAUGGGAGCCUGUCUUAAUCCCCCUGACCAUGGCUGGAUUGUAACUGAGUUCUUGAGUAUGACUUUGAAGGAGUGGCUGCACGGGCCAGGGAGAAGACAGAGAGAGAGGAUUGUUCCCCUUCCGCAAUUGGAAGAGAGGUUGGCCAAGGCAUUAGAGAUCGCCCAAGCGAUGCAGUACCUUCAUGACCACAAGCCCAAGGUUAUUCAUCGUGACCUGAAACCAAGCAACAUUUUUUUGGAUGAUGCCUUGCGUGUGAGAGUUGCAGAUUUUGGUCAUGCUCGGUUCUUAUCUGAAGGAGAAAAGGCACUCACCGGUGAAACAGGCAAGGACUACUAA